UCAGCAUUCGUCCGUGUUUUUCAAAUUUUGAAAGAGAAAUUCAAGGUUAACAAAGAAGAUAGAGAAGAGCAUUUUAAAUAAUAAUUAAAAUGAGAUCAUCAUCAGUUAACAAGAAAAAAUUUUGGUUAUCAAUUUUCAUUUUGAGUGUAUAUAUAAAUGAACAAUUCCUUGUUCUUGUUGUAGCAGCAAGAUCCCAUCCAGGUACUGUGGGUGGUGGCAAUGCUAUUCACAAGGGUUCAAAUAAACACCAAGACCAGCAACUAAAAGAAGAAGAACAACAGCAGCAGCAACAAACAGGUGGUAGUGGUGGUGGUGACAGUACAAGACCCCCACCAGGUGAUGUUGAUACUGGUAAUGCUGUUCAUGAGGUAUCAAAAGGUGAUGUUGAUAACGGUAAUGUUGUUCAUGAGGUAUCAAACAAACACCAACAACAACAACAAAAAGGUACAAGACCCCAACCGGGUGAUGUGGAUACUGGUAAUGUUGUUCAUGAGGGAUCAAAAGGUGAUGUGGAUGGCGGUAAUGUUGUUCAUGAGGUAUCAAACAAACACCAACAACCGCAACUAAAAGAAGAAGAAGAACAACAACAACACCAGCAAGCAGGUGGUAGUGGUGGUGGUAAUAGUACAAGAUCCCAACCAGGUGCUGCGGGUGAUCAUAAUGCUACUGAUAAGGGAUCAAAUGAACACCAACAACAGCAACACAAACAGAAACAGAAACAAAAACAAAAACAACACCAACAAGCAGGUGGUGGUGGUAACAGCUUUAAAGAAUCAAUCACAAAUGCUGGAGAAUCAGUCAGAAAACAACUAGGUGGUGCUGGAGAAUCAGUCAAAAAGCAACUAGGUGGUGCUGGAGAAGCAAUAUCAAAACAACUAGGUGAUGCUGGGAAUAGCGUUAAAGAAGCAGUCCCGAAAAAAGUACGUGAUGCUGGUAGUAGCUUUAAAGAAUCAGUCACAAAACAACUAGGUGGUGCUGGAGAAUCCGUCAAAAAACAAUUAGGCGGUGCUGGAGAAUCAAUAUCAAAACAACUAAGUGGUGCUGGGAAUAGCGUUAAAGAAGCAGUUCCAAAACAAGUACGUGAUGCUGGUAAUAGCUUCAAAGAAUCAGUCACAGGUGCUGGUAAACAAGUAGGUGAUGCUGGUAAUAGCUUCAAAGAAUCAGUCAAAGGUGCUGGGAAUAGCUUUAAAGAAGCAAUCCCAAAACAAGUAGGUGAUGCUGGUAAUAGCUUCAAAGAAUCAGUCAAAGGUGCUGGUAAUAGCUUCAAAGAAUCGAUUCCAAAAAAAGUAGGUGAUGCUGGUAAUAGUUUCAAAGAAUCAGUCACAGGUGCUGGUAAUAGCUUUAAAGAAUCGGUUUCAAGACACCUAGGUGGUGCUGGUAAUAGAUUCAAAGAAUCAGCCCCAAAACAACUAGGUGGUGGUAAACAUGAUAAAGGCUUUGGCUUGGAAGUACUACCGAAUAUCGGUGGAAAACUAGCAACCCAAACACAAAUUGGUGGGAACAGUGGUGGUGGUGGCAGCAGCAGCAGCAAUGAUAGUAGUGGGGGUGGCAGUGGAGGCGGUAGUAGUGGAAGUGGUGAUUCUGGGAAAGGAAGUGAGGAAGUUACACCCAAAAUUAAGAAAGGAGGUAGCGGGACCAACGACAGCAGCAGCGGAGGGGGUGGUGGCUCUUCACAAUUCAAUGUUAAGAAGUAUGGUGCACGCGCUGAUGGAAGAAAUGAUGAUACCCAGGCGUUUACGGCGGCAUGGAAAGCUGCGUGUGCAUCCACAGCACCUGCUGAAGUUUUCAUACCAAAAGGAACAUAUUUGGUUGGACCUGUUAAAUUUACAGGGCCUUGUAAAGCAUCACCUAUAACAGUUAAUAUGCAAGGAUUCUUGAAGGCAUCAACAGAUCUUAGCCGAUAUGGUUCCUCUUCUGACUGGUUUGAGUUUGGAUGGGUUGAUGGUUUGAAUCUGAUCGGUGGCGGGACAUUUGAUGGUCAAGGUGCUGCUUCUUGGCCCUUCAACAAAUGUCCUACAAACAUGAACUGCAAAGUCCUUCCCACAAAUGUUAAGUUUGUUUCGUUAACCAAAACGACAGUGAAGAGCAUAACAUCCCUGAAUAGCAAAUUCUUUCAUAUGGUUUUACUGGAUUGCACGGAUUUUAAAGCAAGUGAGAUCCACAUAUCUGCACCAGGAAACAGUCCCAACACUGACGGUAUUCACAUGGAACGGUCAACAGGUGUAACCAUUGCUAAUGCUAAUAUUGGUACUGGCGACGACUGUGUAUCAAUUGGACAAGGAAACGCUCAUGUUACCAUUACUGGCGUUACUUGUGGACCUGGCCACGGUAUCAGUGUUGGGAGCUUGGGGAGGUAUCAAAAUGAAGGAGAUGUAAAUGGAUUACUGGUGAAAGGGUGUACACUUUCAGGGACAAUGAAUGGCAUUAGGAUAAAGACAUGGGCUAAUUCUCCUGAUUCAAGUGUUGCUUCCAACAUGACAUUCGAAGACAUUGUUGUUAACAAUGUUGCUAAUCCUAUCAUCAUUGAUCAAACUUAUUGUCCAUACGCCUCUUGUUCUUCAGUUUCACCAUCCAAGGUUAAACUGAGUGAUAUAACUUUCAAGAACAUAAGAGGGACAACAUCUUCUCCGGUGGCAGUAACACUAGAAUGCAGCAAAGGAGUGCCAUGCCAAAAUGUUAAGCUUGAAGACGUACAUUUGGACCCAGCUGGUGGGGGUACAGUGGCGAAAUCAUCAUGUUUGAAUGUCCAGGCCAAAUACGCUGGAACUCAGAUUCCUCCUCCAUGUGCUUAAUAAUAAUCAAGUUAAACUACAUUGGGAUUAAGAGACUAAUUUUAGUUGGCCGUCAGUCCACCGAGCCGUCCUUUUUCCCAUGUAAGAGUAGCAGUUUUCUUCAGUAGUAGUAUAUGUUUUGUAUGCGACUGUGCAUUUCAUUUCAGAUGUAUAAUGUAGAAAUUGCAGCCCCUCUCACUCUCAAGAAGGGCUUUUUUUCCCACCAUUUUUGUUUACUUGCA